AUGAUUAAUACAACUAAAUUACCGCCAGUUCAUCCUGGCAAAACUUUACAAAGGCAAUUUUUUCAGCCUUUAAACUUAUCAACAGAGCAACUAACCCAAGAUUUACAUAUUCCCACUUACCAACUCCAAGACCUAGUAGAAGGUAAAGAAAAAAUAACUCCAGAAAUUGCCUAUCGCUUAUCUUGCUAUUUCCAAAUUGAACCCGAAGUAUUUUUAAACUUACAGCAACGUUAUGAUUUAGAGAAUAAAAAUGUGGAAGUAAAUCCUUUUAAAAAAAACUUAACUAAAAAAACCCUAGUCGAAAAUAUUGAAAAUAAUCCCGACAUUAACCAAGAGCCAAGAGGUCAAAAACAAUCGUUAGAAGAGGAAGAAAAUAUCAGACCAAACAAAAGACCAGCAUUAGAGGUAAAAGUAACUAAUGAAGAA